AUGAGCAUCAAGUACGAGCUCGACCAUGUGGACAAGGCCGAGCAUCAUAUAGAAGAACCACACAGAAAAGCCGUUCCCAUGCACGGCCUCGACAUGACCGCCGCAGAGCUCAGGCUCCACCGGCGCGUCAACCUCAAGAUGGACUGCUGCGUCCUCCCGCUCAUGUCACUACUCUACCUCAUGAACGGCCUGGACCGCAGCAACAUUGGCAACGCUGCCACUGUCGGAUUUGCCAAAGACGUCGGCAUGCCCGCAACCGCUGUUAACAACGCCGUCACCUUGUUCUUCAUCACCUUCCUCAUCUUCCAGCCCAUCUCGGCGGCGGCAGGCAAGGCACUCGGCGUAAAGUACUGGAUGCCCUUCCUCAUGUUCGGAUGGGCCAUGUUCACCAUUGCACACGCCUUUGUCAAAUCAGAGGGUGAACUGAUCGCCUUUCGACUCAUGAUCGGCGUGUUCGAGGCUGGGUUUUACCCCUGCGCCGUCUACUACCUGUCGACAUGUUACAUCCGGUACGACCUCGCACUCCGUAUCGCCAUCUUUUACGGCUCGUACGCCAUUGCCGGAGCCUUCUCGGGCGUCCUCGCGUAUGGGCUCCUCCAGAUCAAGGGAUCAAUGCACUCUUGGCAGUACCUCUUCAUUAUCGAGGGCGCUCUCACGGCCGGGCUCGCCAUCAUCGCCGUGUUUUGGAUCCCAAAGCACAUUUCGACCGCCUGGUUCCUCAACGCCGACGAGCGCGAGUGGGCCGCAGAGCGAAUGGUUCGAGACAGCGGUGGCGAAGACAAUGCCGCGGCGGGUAUCGCCAUGACCGACGUCAAAGAAGCGCUCAAGGAUUGGAAGUUCUGGAUGGUUCUGCCCGCAAACAUUGCAGCUUCUGUACCUGGACAGGCCUUCUCAGUCUUCCUCCCGCUCAUUGUCAAGGACCUCGGGUAUACCUCGUACCGCGCCAACCUGUUCUCGGUACCAAUCUACUUUGUCGGCGCCGUCGGCCUGUGGAUCUUUGCCUACUCGUCCGACAGGUUCAAGGAGCGGUCUUGGCACAUUAUCACUGCCUUGGUGAUUGUCAUUCUGGGCCUUACCCUCGUCAACCAGCUUCCGACAUCACAGGGAAAGUACGCCGCCCUGUGCGUCCUCCAGAUCGGCUCAUACACGGCCCCGCCCCUCACGGUCGCCUGGCUGGCCGGCAACACGCCGUCCCCAGGAAAGCGUGCCCUCAUCCUCGGCUUCAACGGCUGGGGCAACCUCGCUGGCGUCAUUGGGUCGCAGCUCUUCCGCCCACAGUAUGCCCCAAAGUACCGCCUCCCGUUCUACGUCUGCCUAGGUGUCAACGUCUUUGCGCUCAUUCUCUAUGCCGUAUACCGGUACACCUUGCUCGCAGUCAACAGGCGCCGUGCUGCAAAGCUGGCAUCAAUGACUCCCGAGCAGCAGGACGACGAGCUGUCCAACGAGGUGCGCCUGGGCGACAAGAAGUACACGUUUGUGUACGCGACCUAG